CUCUCUCUCUCUCUCUCUCUCUCUCCCCCUCUCCCUACCUCCCUCCUUUCUCUCUCCCUCUUUUCCCCUCCUUUCUACUGAUUUGGCACAAGCCAAUGGAUGGGGAUUGAGCAUGAAAGGAGAGAGGGGGAGAGAGAGAGAGAGAACGAGCAACAAAACCCCCAAACCCAGCCAGCGCGAGCGCACGCGCGUGCACACACACACACACACACCAUCCCAUCCACGUCCUCUCUGGAUCUUGCCUCCCUCCCUCCUCCAUUCUCCUCUCUCUCUCUCUCUCUCUCUCUCUCUCUUUCUCUCUCUCUCUCGCGUUUGCUCGCCUCUGCCAGCAACGGUCUACAGCCGGUCAGAACUCGCCCUCUUCCCCGGGAGCCCGCGAGCUCCCCCUCUCCCGGCGAAGUUUAACGUCCCUGUGCGGCUGCCAAAGCCAAAAGCCUUUCCCAUUCAGCUGCCGCCUCUUCCCUCUGCGCUUUUGUUUUUGUUUUGCACUGGGGUGGGGUAGGGUGUUGUUGUUGUUGUUGUUGUUGUGUGUGUGUGUGUUGGGGGGGAGCUGUGCUGGCGGUGGGAGGUGGGUUGUGAUUUUUAAAUUUUUGCAUUAAAAAAAAAACUGGAAAAAGCACGGGGGGGGUAGAAAUUGAAAAAAAAAUUUGUUGUUGUUGUUGUUGGCUUUUGUUUACCUGGUGUGAGCGUUGCCGCUCCCUUCUCUGCCGCGGUCCCUAACCUUUCUUUCUUUUUGCUUCUUUUCCAAAAAAAUUAUUAAUUUCCCCCUUCUGUGCAAUGGAGCAUGGGUGGGGGGAGAAGGGGGAAGGGUUUGAGAAUCCACCCAAGCCCGGCCCCUACUCCCUGGAACACCAAUAAUAACCCCCUUUAAAACAUUUACCUUCCUCCCUGCUCCUCCUCCCCCCCUCCCCCACCCGCCCCCAACUCACAACUCUGUUGAGUCCAGAAUCUCAGAAUCGGGCGUUGGGGCCUUGCCGGGUGCUUCAGAACGAUGGAUGAGUUCCACCCAUUCAUCGAGGCGCUGCUGCCUCACGUCCGAGCCUUCUCCUACACCUGGUUCAACCUGCAGGCGCGGAAGCGCAAGUACUUCAAGAAGCACGAGAAGCGGAUGUCGAAGGACGAGGAGAGGGCCGUGAAAGACGAGCUGCUGGGCGAGAAGCCCGAGAUCAAGCAGAAGUGGGCAUCCCGGCUGCUGGCCAAGCUGCGCAAGGACAUCCGGCCCGAGUUCCGCGAGGACUUCGUGCUCACCAUCACGGGCAAGAAGCCCCCCUGCUGCGUGCUGUCCAACCCCGACCAGAAGGGCAAGAUCCGGCGGAUUGACUGCCUGCGCCAAGCAGACAAGGUGUGGCGGCUGGACCUGGUCAUGGUGAUUUUGUUUAAGGGGAUCCCCCUGGAAAGUACUGACGGGGAGCGACUCUACAAGUCGCCCCAGUGCUCGAACCCCGGCCUGUGCGUGCAACCACAUCACAUUGGAGUCACAAUCAAAGAACUGGAUCUCUAUCUGGCUUACUUUGUCCACACUCCGGAAUCCGGACAAUCAGACAGUUCCAACCAGCAAGGAGACGCGGACAUCAAACCACUGCCCAACGGGCACUUAAGUUUCCAGGACUGUUUCGUGACUUCCGGGGUCUGGAAUGUGACGGAGCUGGUGAGAGUGUCACAGACUCCCGUUGCGACCGCAUCAGGGCCCAACUUCUCGCUGGCGGACCUGGAGAGCCCCAGCUACUACAACAUAAACCAGGUGACCCUGGGGCGACGGUCUAUCACCUCCCCUCCUUCCACCAGCACCACCAAGCGCCCCAAGUCCAUUGAUGACAGCGAGAUGGAGAGCCCUGUCGACGACGUGUUCUAUCCCGGGACAGGCCGCUCCCCGGCGGCUGGCAGCAGCCAGUCUAGCGGAUGGCCCAACGACGUGGACGCAGGCCCAGCUUCUCUAAAGAAGUCUGGAAAGUUGGACUUCUGCACUGCCCUCUCCUCUCAGGGCGGUUCCCCGCGCAUGGCUUUCACCCACCACCCACUGCCUGUGCUUGCAGGAGUCAGACCAGGCAGCCCCAGGGCCACGGCGUCGGCUCUGCAUUUCCCCUCCACGUCCAUCAUCCAGCAGUCAAGCCCGUACUUCACACACCCGACCAUCCGCUACCACCAUCACCACGGCCAGGACUCUCUGAAGGAGUUUGUGCAGUUUGUGUGUGCCGAUGGUUCGGGCCAGGCCACCGGACAGCAUUCGCAACGACAGGCGCCUCCUCUGCCAACCGGUUUGUCAGCAUCGGACCCCGGGACGGCAACUUUCUGAAUAUCCCGCAGCAGUCUCAGUCCUGGUUCCUCUGAUAAGAUCGAUAUAUAUAAAAAAACGAAACAACAAAAUGAAGAGGUUCCUCAAAAGGGGGGGAGAAGAAAUUUUGAGACAUGGAAAAAAAAAAUCCCCCAGCCCAGCCCAGCCCAGCCCCACCGAAAAGCAAAAAUUAAAGAGUCGUCAGCCACUCAGCCCUUCUCUCCUCCAGCCCGGGGACGCCCGCGGGCCCCAGAAGCAGCCCCAGUCCUCGGAGAGCCCUCGGAGGGGAUCUCGGCGGAGCUGUGCACCAACAGCCGAGCAGAGAGAAACACGCGAACGGGACUCUGCCCGCGAGGAUGCGGCGGCACUGCCUCCCCGCCCCCGCCCCGGCCCUCCGGCCCUCCGGCCCUCCGGGGACAGAGCCCAAUCCCCCAGCCCCAGCAAAGCACCCAGCACACAGUUCUGCAGGGGCCCGGCCCCCGCCCCCGCCCUUCCUAGGGGGACCCUCCCCCGCACACACCCUCUGCUCCGCUGGAGCUCCCCCAGGGAGUCCGGAGGACCAGCUCCUAAGGAUGAUGGGGUGUAGACCCGCGCGGGCUCGCCCCGACCCCGGCUCCCCAGACUCCGCCCCUCCAACCCCACCCCCUUUCCCGGCCUGGGCUCCGGCCCUUUCUUGACGCCAGGUGCUGACCCAGGCUGGGAGGCGCCCGGGUGGGCAAGGGCGCCCCCUGGAGCUGGCUAUAAUGAGCCCAGAGGCGAGGGGUGGUCCUGCCACCCCCGCUCUGAGCCCAAGGGGCGGUUCCCGGGGCUCUCCGUAGAGUCCAUGGGAGAAAGAAUGUUCUCCACGGCCCGGCCCAGCCUGGGACAGCCCCCCCCAACCUCCGCUGCCACGAGCGAGGAGGGGGAGUCGGGCCCCGGGUCGCCUCCCACCCCGCCCCCGCUGCGUCCAGCUCCCCAGCCCUGCAUGUAGGUGCCCUCGCUCCGCCCCCAUCGGCCCGUGCCCCUCACGCUGACAGCCCUGCGGGGGCCGGGCCCGGGAGCGGAGCGGAAAGGGGACCCCCCCACCCGGAGCGGAGCGAGGAGAACCAGGCAGCCGCUGCGGUGGGCUGAGCCGCCACCUGGGCUUAGGUAGGCGUCCUGCGCGCCGACUUUUCAGUUCCUAUGGAGGGUGUUGGGUGUCGUCCUUUGCAAAAAGUGGGUUUUUUUUUCUUCUUUUUGGAGCUUUCCGUCCCCUCCCCACCUUCUCCCGCACCCCACCCCCCCACAUAGCCAGCGCUCUCUGGAUUUUAGCUGUAACGUCUUCGCAUUGAGGGGUGGGGCAGUCAGCAUCCGGGUGUUGCGCGCUGUUGCAGUUGGGGAUUCUUCCAUCUGAGCAACUUGGGAACAAUUUGCAAACACACCACAGGAAGUAGCUCUCCCCCCUAGCCCUUCCUCCCCCCCCCCCAAGGGAUGGGGGCCUGUUCAGAGGGUCUUGAGAAGCCCCCCUGGGAGGGAGGGGAGCAGGAGCAUGCCCAGCGCCCUCCGGGUGUGGUUGGUCCCUCCGGCUUGUCUGUGCCUUACUCUCUCCUAUGCGUCCCUCCAGUCCCCUUCCCCGUCUCUUUCUCUCUCUCUCUCUCUCUCUCUCUCUCUCUCUCUCUCUCAUGAAAACAUAAAGCA